CAUCUACGGCUCACAGCUGCAUCUCUUCAUCCACACUCAACAUUUCGCUCUCUGUCAAACGCGACUGGACGGCUGGGCAGCUUUAUGGUGACAAAUGGAGACUUUCAAUCAUAAGCUGAACACUUACUUAGAGUCAUGGAUGGGACCCAGGGAUCCGCGAGUGAGGGGAUGGCUCCUGCUGGACAACUACCCACCAACCUUUGCACUCACAGUCAUUUACCUUCUGAUUGUGUGGAUGGGGCCCAAGUACAUGAAGCAGAGGCAGCCGUACUCCUGCAGAGGCCUCCUGGUGCUCUACAAUCUGGGCCUCACAUUCUUGUCCUUCUACAUGUUCUAUGAGCUUGUUACUGCUGUGUGGCCCGGUGGCUACAACUUCUACUGCCAGGACACUCACAGUGCACCGGAAGUGGAUAAUAAAAUCACAAAAGUCCUGUGGUGGUACUACUUCUCCAAGGUCAUCGAGUUCAUGGACACCUUUUUCUUCAUACUACGAAAGAACAAUCACCAGAUCACGUUUCUUCACAUCUACCAUCAUGCCAGCAUGCUGAAUAUCUGGUGGUUUGUUAUGAACUGGGUCCCCUGCGGCCAUUCGUACUUUGGCGCCUCCCUGAACAGCUUCGUCCAUGUGGUGAUGUAUUCUUACUAUGGCCUGUCGGCCAUCCCAGCCAUACGACCGUACCUUUGGUGGAAGAAGUACAUCACACAGCUUCAGCUGAUCCAGUUCUUUUUAACCAUGUCCCAGACAAUGUGUGCAGUCAUAUGGCCAUGUAACUUCCCCAAGGGAUGGCUGUACUUCCAAAUAACUUACAUGGUCACGCUAAUUUUCCUUUUCUCAAACUUCUACAUUCAGACUUACAAGAAGCACAGUGGUUCUCUAAAGAAGGAGCACCAAAAUGGCUCCACUGCAUCAACAAAUGGACAUGCAAAUGGGACUCCAGCCAUGGAGCGCACUGCACACAAGAAACUGAGGGUGGAUUGACAUUUGAGAAACAGCCACCGGUUUCUCACUGUAGCGUGUUAGCUAAUGCUGCUAGGAGGUAAAUGUAUCUUCUUAUCUAGAAUAGUUUAGACUUACUUACUUGAGAUGAAAUAAGCCAUAGACACAUAUAUCCAGAGACUCUCCAUGUUUUUGCACACAUUCCUACUCAUGGUAUUGAAUAAUCAAAUUCCCAUAGAAGAGUAUUGUAGUAUGUUUGAACAAUAUUGCCUCACCCAACCUCUAGAAGAAAUUCACUCACUCACUUGUUACCAGCAAUUAAACACACAUUUUGAUACAUUCAAUGAUGCUUUUCACACAAAAGGUCCAAUGAUGAACGAUCCAGUGAGUGUGUUGGUUGAAGCAGAAGGUUUUAUCACACUCAAUGACUUCUCUUUUAACAACCCAAGGGACAAUUCAAAUAACAACGCUUACUAUGGUCCUUGAUGUGUAACUAAAGCAUGCAUCCUGUGUCUUGCUUGACCUCACUCCUGCCUGAAGUUGCUUUAAGCAAAGUCUUGCCCAACAUAAUACUGUAAUACAUUUUUAAUAACAGAUUGCAACAGCAGAUGUUUUGCUGUAGGGGCUAUAUAUUUGCAGAACAGGCUCUCCAGUUUGGAAUAUUUAGCCAUCUAACCAAAACAUAGUGUUCUGAAUUUGCUUGGAUUCAUAUUUGAACCAGUUUAAGACACAAUGUUAGAGGGCAAGUUGUGUUUUAUUAGAACAAUAUAAUUUUAUAUAUAUAUAUAUAUAUAUAUAUAUAUAUAUAUAUAUAUAUAUAUAUAUUCAUCCAGUAAAUGCAAUUAGAACUUGAAUUCAUUGAAAAUAAUUAAAUAUACUGUAGGUCUGCAGUACAGCUGUUUAUAGGUAACUAUUUAGGUAGCCUAUCAAGUAAAUCUUAUCAUACUGUAUAUUUCCAAGAUAAACACAACUAUAUUAUAUUUGGAUAGACUUUACUAUAUUGUCAUUCUUGACUGUGGGUUCAGCAGAUAAAAAAAAUUAUCUCACCAAAAGUUCCAUUUAGUAGUUGCUCUAGAGCUUUUGAUUGUCACAUGAUCUUCCUCAACACAAGGACUGGAAAUGGAAAUUUUAUGACAACUGGGUAAACCCGCUCUACAAAGGAAGAUCAUGUGAUACGAUCAAAAGCUCCAAAACAGCUACUAAAUGGUUCACGAGAUGGAAUUGUUUUGUCAGUUAAUAUAUAGUAGUUUUUGAGUCUUUACAUAAAUAUGGUGCCUUCUGGACCAGUUUAUUUGGUUUCUAAUUUAGCAUUUUUCAUCUUUUCAAUAUGCUAUCACCAGAUUCAUGUUGGUCCAUUUCAGACUAAUAUCUGUCAAACUUUCACUUCAAAUCCUGUGCCUGAUGUUUCUGUUUUUGAUACAUCAAAUGUCCUAAACUAUCGUUCCUAACAACUGAAAUAUACGAAACCAACAGUGAUGUUUAUCUUAAAAGAAUAUUUGGGAGAUAUGCUUGUACACUGUUUUGAGAGGAUCAAUACCACGCUCAUGUCUGUGUGAAAUGAAGACACAGGACAGCCAGCAGCUGGUUAACUUAGCUUAGCAUAAAGACUGGAAACAGGAGGAAACGGCUAGCCUGGUUCUGUCCAAAGGCUGUAGCCUUAAAUUGAGCGUACAAAUGUAAGAGCGAUAUCAAUCUUCUCAUCUAGCUCUCUGCAAGAAAGCUAACAAUAAUAACAACAUUCCCCAAAAUGUUGAACUAUUCUUUUAACAAUUUCCAGUUUCUCAUUUUACCAUAUUAACAAGUGAAAAUAUUAAGUCAUCACAAGAGAAAUUAAUUGUUUGUUUUUAGUGGAGAAAGAAGGUUGUAGAGAUUUAACUAUUUAUUCCUUUGUGAUCCUUAUGUUUAUAUUAUUUACUUCUUAACCUAACCAUUGCCAGGGUCAUACACAGUAAAUCCUGGUAUAGAAAACAAAGGUACAAGGAUGUUUGAAUUAUGAGUUUUGUAAAACUGAUACUCUCUCAGUGCAGCCCUGCUGCACUCCUCUACCAUGCUGAAUCAAUUUAAUGAGGUACUGUAAGGCCUUAACCACUGAAUGAUCAUGACAUGUUGGUCAAAUGUAUAGAUGACCUAGAUUCAUGUUCACUGCAUCAGAUAUUAUUGUUAAACUCUGAAUAAUUCAUACAAUUUUGUCUGCAUGAUGAAUCUGAUAAGCAGUUAUCUGCCAAUAACAGAAAAACUGUUAAACAUGCAUGAGCCAUAUCUACUCAGAAAUUUAAUUAUAGUUAAAUUAUUUCCAGCUACAUGCCAUCUCUAUUCCAGUUCCUCUUUUGUACAAGGUGAAAGCGCUAAAGGUAACAGGGUUUAUGUAUUUAAGAGCUGGAUUAGCAUUAAAUGAGAUCCCUAUUGGAAAAUGCCAAGGAAGCAUAUGUAAUGAUAUAUUACAUACAUUUUUAUAGACUGUUAAAAUAAAUAUAUAUAUAGAUAUAUUUUCUGAAAUAUGGGGUAAAUCUGGGUUGACAUGUUGUGACUCAUGCUUUACUCACUGUAACUCAUUAAAAACAAACUGAGAUUGUAAACCUACUUGUUUUCUUUCCUUGAAAAUUAUGUAUUUGCUAGAAAUAAUGUAGCUUGUAUACAGAAAUAUCUGUACAGCUCAGAGUUGAGAGUUUAUUAAGCCUUAUAAUUAUUUUUCAUUUUUAAUUCUACAUAUUUAUUGUUUGUGUAAACAUUUGUUUAUUAGACUGUUGGCCAGUUUAGUGCUCAUUAGCAAAUGUUAACACACUAAGAUUGUAAACAUGGUGAGAAUGAUAUGUGCUUAACAUCAGCAUGUUAGCAUGAUUAGCAUUUAGAUAAAGCACCACAUGGCUUCUUAUCUGGUGUUUGAAUUUUAAUGAAUAUGUUAUAAGGCAGAUUUGUAAAAGUCAAAGCUGGCUCUAAUAAACA